CAAAAAGCUGUUUCUCGCUCACGAGCGCCAGGAAUUUCGUGGGUUUUUUUUCCCCCUGAUGAGUUUACAUAAGCUUGAUACUCCUGCAGGCUUCUAGCAGGAAUGCCAAACUGUGGCCCUCCUACUCUCUCUUGCUUCCACGGAGGAACUGGAUAAGCUUAAAGAGGCAGGGGAAACAAUGGCUGUGCUCAACAUUUUCUCUCUAGAGCAGAUGCUACAUGUUGUUGGGGUGCUGAGUGUUCUCUGGCUCAGUUUGAAGACUGUCUGGGCUUUAGCACACGGGGUGAGGAUCUUUCUGCUGUCGGAGAAGUGGAGAGGGGUCGAUCUCGCUUCCUAUGGACCUUGGGCAGUGGUGACUGGAGCCACGGCUGGUAUUGGAAAAGCUUACUCCCAUGAGCUUGCUAGAAGGGGACUUAAUGUGGUUCUCAUCAGUCGCUCCCUGGAGAAACUGAAGCAGGUGGCCGCUGAAAUUGAGGAGCAGCAUGGCAGAAGCACCAGGGUGAUCCAAGCCGAUUUCACCGGGGGCUCAGAAAUCUAUGAGCUGAUUGGAGCUGCCUUGCAGGGUCUGGAGAUCGGCAUUCUGGUGAAUAAUGUUGGUCAGUCAGUGCAAACUCCAAUGUAUUUCCUGGAUGGUGUUUAUAAAGGUGACCAGUAUAUAUAUGACUUGGUGCAUUGCAACAUGCUAUCAUAUGUAAAGAUGACGCAGAUCGUCCUUCCUCAGAUGGUUGCCAGGAAGAAAGGCAUUGUCAUCUAUAUGUCAUCUGCAGCUGCCCUACGUCCACUUCCGCUUGCAUUGCUGUAUAGUGCAAGUAAGGUAUUUGAUGAUUUUUUCGCACAAGGUUUGGACGCUGAAUAUAGAUCCAAAGGCAUCAUUGUGCAGUCCAUCACGCCCCACUUUGUGGAAUCCAACAUGACUCGGCAGAUCAACAGGCACUACAAGUUGUCAGCAGCUUCCUUUGCACGGCAGGCCUUGAACACUGUGGGGCUGUCCCGCAGAACCACCGGCUCGCUCAGCCAUUCCAUCCAGUGCAACGUAUUAUUUAAGAGGAUUCCAGAGUGGAUUUUUGUUUCACCUUUUGCAAUCCCUUUCAUCUUGUAUCUCUGGAAGAAAUGCGUGAAGGAACGCAAGUAGCCUGGGUUCUUGGAGAGUCUAGAGAGGCCCGGAGGUUAAUGAGAAGCACAAAGGCUAGCUGGGCCAGGAUUUGAAAUCUGAUUCUAAAUGCUUUGAGAACAACAUAUACUGAAAUCACCAAGCAACACUUUUAAACUUUCUCUCUCAGACCGGGAUGCAAUCAGAUCAAGAAUUCCUGUAAAUUUUCAAAUAAAAGUUAAAAAAAAAAAAGAAUUCUCAUUCAGUUGCUUUUCCAAGAAGUCUUUAAGAUAUUUUCUUCUGAGAGUACACUGUGUUUCCUCAUGAUUGCAAGGAAAGCAGCAUACUAUCCGUUUAUAUCUCUGCUUCCUUGGAUUCUGUUAAAUUUUAAGCCUGAUGGGAAGACUGUGGUGUUUUUAUUUUAAAAUGUGACGAGAAAGGAAAUUGAGUUGUUGGCAAUACGGUUUUGUGUCUCCUGCCUCUCAGCUCCCCCCCAGACCCCCCUUGCCCCCUACCUGCCAGCCCUCCCGAGAUCCCUCCUGCCUGCCAGCCCUCCCCCCCACAGCCCUCCCCAGCCCCAGCUUUCUAGAGCCCGUUAUAUUUAUUUGCACAACGGGCUUUGUUUCUAGUGAAGUAAUAAAAGCCUUGAAAAAGAAUAAAGCUCCAGGCUUUGAUUGUUUGACAGCUGAGUAUUAUAAAUUAUUUAAUGAAACUAUAGGUAAAACUUUAUUGAAUGCAAUUGAUUAAAUUAAAGGCGUGGGAAAGUUACCGCAAACCUGGAGGAAAGGAAAACUGAUAGUCCCAAAAAAUCUUAACACCGUGGAUGCAGGGCAUGCUGUCAGAUAUGCAUGUCUGCAUAUCUGCAUGCAUGCAUGUCUGCCAUGAAGGUGUUUUGCAUUUAAUGCUAAUCCUCUGAAAGUAUGAUAAGUGUAUGUUGAAUUCUGGGCCAAUGAUAUACGAGUCUGUGCCAUGCUUCUUGCAGCGGAACUUGUAGCAGUUCCUCUUAUCUCGCGGCUGGCCACUCUCACUCAUCGAGCAGACAGGAGGAUGGCCCUGGAUGCCAAGCGACGGACUGAGAGCUAGAAAUGAUUUCAUUUUCUCUUCCUUUCCCAGGCUCUUCCCCCUUCCCCCCUCCCUGACCCCUUCUAACCCUCCCUAUUCCAAAAGGCAGGAACUUUUCCUAUAACUAACCUGAUCCUCUAUACCUAUGUCAUUUCUGCCAAUGCCAUAGUCAUGUGUACACUGAACUGUAGAUCCU